UUAUUUAAACCUAAAAAGCUUUGGAAAAUUCAGCAAAUUUAAAAAAAUCUUCAAAAAUAUUUGUUUCAACACUUUUUGCUUAAAAAUGGGUUACAACAAGAAAUUUAAAGUUUUUAAAAAAUCAACGACUCGAUUUUUGCUAAAUCGACAUAUACGAGCCAAAAAAUGUCGUAAAUCACUUAAAAAUAUUAAAAAAAAUACAAAACGUCUUUCGAAAAAACAACAAAAAAUUUCAAAAAUUGAAAAUCAAAAAAAUAUUUGUUUAAAUGAAGCUAGCCAAGCUUUGGUUCAAUAUGUUAGCAACAAUUUGGACGCGUCUUUGGUGCAGAACAAUUAUUUUUUGGGGGAGAGUGUUUAUCCAUCUAUGCAGUUGGAUUUAUUUAACAAUGCUUUUUUUCAAAAUAACUUGGAUGUGGCUCUGUUGCAAAACAAUCAAUUUUUUGGGCAUUCUUUAAUCCCAAAUGGGCAAGUGAAUUUUUUUGAACAGAAAAUCAACAUGGAUUUAGCCAUUGCUCUUUUGAAUAAUAUUCGGAUCAUUUUUUUUGAGCCGCUGGCGGCAAUGAUUACUGACUUACGAAAUGAAUUUCGAGCUCGCCAUGACCGAACAGACACUCGUUUGUCAGAUUUAGAAACACAAUUUGCUCUUUUUAAAGAAGGAAGGGCUUCAACAAUUCCAUUUGUGGGGAGAUGGAGGCGAUGA